AUAAUACUUACCAAAAUAUCUAAUUAUAUCUUAUUUUCUCAUUUUCAGUCAUCUACCCAUCAAAUCUGGCCAAUUUCGGCGCCUGAACCCCGUUCUGGAUGAACGAUGUUCACACUGUCCAAGCUGCCCAACGCUGAAGAUGAUUCAUCGCCCGCCAGUAACAACGGUAGCAGUGACAAUAGCAAUCACAGCGUUACCACUAGUAGCGCUGCUUCGGGUAGUGAUCCCUCCGCUUUCGGCGCCUCGGCUGAAUCCGCGGUUACCGCAUCCGGUCCCACGGCGUGGAAUCUCGAACUGGACCUGCCAAUGAUUGAAGAAGACAUGCAAGUGAUCGACACCAUCGAUCAAAGCUACUGGAAUGGGAAAUUCGUGCCACCUCCUCCGCGGCCUCCGUUUCUGGAGGAAUCGAUCGCGCCCGACGGACUGACCACGUGCGAUCUGUGCAGUUGGGCCUGGCAAGACAAGGGGACGCUCUCACUGGAUGGUGCGAUAAAGGAAAUUUUCUCCCCCGCAGAUACCAAGGAGUUCAGCUGGACAUUCACGCUGGUCGUAGUCUCACUCACAUCGGCAGUACUCGGUGCCAUAAUAAUGAUAGUUUUUCUUAGGUGUAAGAGGAUACGGGCGAAUCAGAACGGACUGAGGACAUUGUGUUUCGAUUCAAGCAGUACAAAAGACACCGCAGGGCUCAACUUUGACAACCAAACGUCAAAAAACUCCACGAACGGAUCCUGCAGUCCACGGAGUACAAAUUCGGGUCUCUGGACGUGGUUUAGCAGUAGGAAGAAUCUGACAACCCCGGACCAGCUGGUCAACUCUCACACACUGCCCGUGGAGAACCACUACACCCACAUGGACGACAACAACUACAAUCCGGUCCAAAUCGAUGAGGCUUCGUAUGCCGAAGUUGGCAACGAGAUGGGACCAUCUGAGACGAACUCGUACAAGUCGAGCUCCGUGCAUCAUGGAGGCGACAACGAUAUUCUCAUUAUGAACUGUCCACUGCCAGCAAUCCCUACGGGGACGCAUAGCGGAGGUGCCAGCGGUUCGGGCAGUGCGUACUACUCGGGUCUGCUCAACAGUGCCAACAUGCCGGGCGAUGAAGACGAAGACGAACGGCCUUACGAAAUCGUCGACCUGAAGGAAAUGUCUUCGCCCCACAAAAGUCACAAUGUACAAAGCCAUUUUCUAAACGAGACCAACAACUUGCUGACCAUUGAGAAACACUCCGAAGGUCUACCAGAGGGAACCAUUUCGGCAUCUGAUUAUGUAUAAUUUGUACUUGGUUAUUUGAAAGAAGAGAUUCCAAUGCGUCUGAUAGCUUUAAGUUAAAACAUGUAAAAACUGAUUUAUUCUAUCUUGUUAGACUAACGACUAAGUCUUAUAAAAUUAACUGCUUCUUUUGUGUAUUAUAUUUCCUUAGAUGUGUGUAUUUAUUGAAAAACAAGGCUACGUAAAAGUAAAUUAUACUAAAUUAUUAAUGAAUUUCAUCAUUUUAGCGACUCAUGGAAAUUCAAUCAGAGCUUAACAAAUGAAAACAGGUUAAACCGUGAAAGCAAUCGACUAAACAUAAGUCUGAGCCAGCAACAUUCCGUCACAAAAGCGAAAAAUCCAUCAAAGUCCCCGUCCCCGUCCCAUUCCGUACUCGUAGAAUUGUGUGAUCCUUGGUAGCCUUAGGAAGCCUCCACAAGUAGCAAAAGUAGAACAAAUUGUAUUUAAAUGUGAAACAUUUUGAUAUUAUAUUCUAUACGAGAAAGUAGCGAGGUCGAACCGAGCAAAAACGUAGCGAACAGAACAAAAUUAAGGUAGAAAUUUUACAAGUUUUUACAGUGAAUAGAAAAAAAGAACUAGUCGUAAGCGGUAAUAAAAAGACAUAUUUUGAAACUCCAUCGGAAGCAAUAGCUCUGCUUAGUGCUAAAAGUAGAAAAAUCAUCAAACGAUACGAUGCUACACACAGUGAGCAAUCCGGAUUUACAAACUUUUAAAACGCGUCGAUAAUAUCAAUCGUGCUGCACACAUUCUCAUAUACAUUCAAAAUAAAUGAAGUUUCCAACAAA